AUGCUCGCCCUCCCCUUCAAGCGGCCCGAUGGCGACGCUGACUGGGCAGGCGCGCUGGACCGCUACAUCCGGCGCGCCUACUCCGCCAGGCAGGCGGACGCGCACGCUGCCGCAGGCCGGCUCGUGGAUGAGACGCGGCGGCUCGCCUUUGCCCAACCUCUGACCGACAAGACCGCUGGGUUGCUGCGCGCCGCUCUGCUGCGGUAUCUCCGGCUGCUUGGAUCUCUGGAGCGGCGCUUCGACCUUGGCGAGCUCGAGCUCGCCUCCGUCUGGCGCAGCGCCUUCAACCCCUCCGCCAAGCAGCGCGAGCCGAGCGCACAGUUUGAGCGCGCUGCUGCACUGUACAAUCUUGCGGCGGUCCUCUCCUUCGAGGCGACGGCGGAGCAGCGGUCCGACGCGGACGGGAUCCGUCGGGCCUGUCAGCUGCUCCAGCUCGCGGCGGGGCUGCUCGACCGGCUGCGCGAGCUUGUCGCGGCGGAGUGCGGCGAUCUGUGCGACGCGACGCUCGACGCGAUGCGCACACUGCUGCUCGCGCAGGCGCAGCGCUGCUACUACGAGCGGGCGGCGGCGGACGGCCUGUCUCCGCGCCUCCUCUCGGCGGUUGGCCUGGGCGCUGCCGUGUUCGACAGCCUUGCCCUCCUCCAUCGGGCGGAGGAGCACGCGGCGGCCAACGAGUACGGACACCAGGUCGCGCGGCUCGCCGCUGGCGUCGAGCGGCUGCGCUCCGCGCUGGCGGCGUCGGCGCAAGCCGCGCCAAAAGGGCGGCGCGCCUCAGCGACGGUGGCGCCCGUCUCACGCGCUCCGCUCGAGGCGGCGCUCGCGCGGCUCGAGGAGGCCCAUGCGCAGGCCGACAAGGACAACACCAUAGUCUACCUCGAGCCCCUCCCCCCCGCGUCGGCGCUGUCGCCGGUGCGAGGCAAGGCGAUUGCCCUCGACGGGCUGCACACGCGCCUCGAGGAGGAGCGCGACUCGGCCGCUUCUGCCCUCCUCGCCCUCGACCUGCCGCACGCGCUCGAGGCAAGUGGCGGACCGAGAGUGCUCAAGGCGCUUGCCGGCCGGCUGGUGGAGUUGCAGCGGGCGAGCGAGGCUUCCGCGCGGGGGGUGGGCUCCGUCCUCGCGGCCGAGGCGGCGGCCGAGGCCGAGAUGGCGGCCAGAUUCGGCGAGGCGUGGCGCGCAUCGAGGGGCAGCGGCGCGAUCGCCGAGUUGCGGUCCGAGUUGGAUCGGUGCCUCGCGCGGCUAGCCGAGGCGACGGCCGCCAACAAGGCCGUGCUCGAGCGCGCGGCCGCGGUCUGCUCCGCCGAGGCGGCGCCACUCCUCGAGCUCCCUCUCUCAGAGGUGGCGUCGCGCAUGCCCGCCGCGCCGGCAGAGGGCGCGAGCGCCGACCCUGCGUCCAGUGCGGCGCUGCGGGCGGCGCUUGAUGCGCUCGCCGCCCAUGCCGACUCGCGCGCGGCGAUCUGCGCCGAGGCGAGCGAGCUGCAGCGGCCGACACGCCGCCUCGUACUGCAGCGGCCGACGCCAAAGGCACAGCUCGGGGUCACCAUCAGCGCUUGCGGCCGCGGCGACGGCGACGGCGAGCGAGGAGAGCUCGGGGUGGUGAUCGAGGCAGCGGUGGGAGUCGGCACGCCGGCGCACCACGCGGGCCUUUGCGUCGGCGAUGUAGUGCUGAGCGUCAACGGCGUGCUCUGCCGCUCGGCGCAGCAGGCGUUCGGCUUGCUUGAGGACGGCCCGCGGCUGGAGCUGUGCCUCGAGGCUGCGCCAUACAACCAGGAGUUUGUCUCUGCACUCGUGCACCGGCCCGAGGGCAUGCCUGCCGGCGAGCUUGUGGCGGCGGAGCUGGCCAAGCUGGCCCCCGUCAAGCGGCGCGCCGAGGUGUUCUGCGCGCGGCACCGCGAGCUGCUCGAGGCGGCCGUCGCUGCAAACACCACUUUUGUGGCGUCGAUCCGCUCCGCCUCAGAGGGCGCCCUACGCGCCAAGCAGUCCUUCCUGCGCGGGCUCGGUCAGGCGGUGGCGAUGCACGAGGCGCUCUCGGCCGAGGUGGCGCAGGGGGCCGCCUUCUUUCGCGCGGUCGGGGAGCGGAUCGCAUCGCUCCGCGCGAGGGCGUCGGGCCUCGCCGCCGAGCGACACGACAUUGUUUGCGUCCUCCGCGCUGGCGGCGACGGAGUUGGCCGCCCCAUUCCUCGUCAACCCGCCGCGCCCGCCGCAAAAGCCGCGCCCGCCGCAAGUUGCAGAGCCGCGCCCGCCCUAGGCGGGCGCGCCGCGGGGACGACAGCGACCGGAGAGGUCGCGGAGCUGGUCCGAAUGGGCUUUCGCGCACCGCUCGCAGAGGAGGCGCUGCGCCGUUGCGGCGGCGACACCUCCCGCGCGGUGCUGCCGCUCUCGCGAGUGCACUAUCUCCGGCUCCUCGCUCCUCGCCACUUUUCCGUCAUUCCGUGCUUGUAG